UAGCUUUGGGGGUAGCCUGCAUCCCUGUAAGGGGAGUGAGAGGGCCUGGCAGCUUCCCAGGUACAUUCAUAGGGUGACGCUGGGCACAGGGCAGCAUCUCUGACCCAUUGGGCUCUCCUCAUAGUCAUUAUCAGUGCUCAGAGCCUGGAGUGGUUGUACUGAUAGUGCUUGACAGCUGAAAACCUGCCUCCUUUCCUAGGGUCCUGCCAGUGGAACAAGGAUCCCACCAGUCUACAUCAAAUUAUAGGUGUAGGGCUGGAGGGACUUCAGGAAGGGAUUUAGUCUUUGCAAUGAAAUAGCAUCUGCAUCAGGUAUUUACUCUUUUCCUCAAAAGAAGGAACAAAAUCCAUCCGGGUGCUGGAAGUUCUGCAUCACAGAUAAUCUGUUUCAGUGUAUCACCACUUUGGCACCAUGUAAAUUUGUUUCUUCAUAUCCAGGCUGAACCUCGUUUACUAUUUGAGCUGAUGCUACAACGUGGAAGAGUUGAGCACUUUCCCCCUUUCUUGUGAUUUCUAUUGUAUGCAGACCAUUCUGUUCUCUUCAGUGUUAUCUUUUUAAGACUAAACAUACCCAGGUCCUUCAGUUGUUUUUCCCAGGUCAUGCUUUUUACACUUGGAUUUUUUCUUUCCACUGCAGUGUCUCUGAUCUUUUUCAUCUAUUUUAUAAAGAGGAGUAAGUGAGGGUGGGUAAAGGCUGUUGGCUGAAGUCUCACCUCUGUGGAGUGGAAUGGAAUCACUGCUUCUGCGUCACACCUACAAUGCAGAGCCAAUAACAUGUUCCAGGAUGUCAUUUGCCUGCUGUACUGCCUUGGAAUUAAUUUCUGAAUCAGUGUAAUGCAUGUGUGCAUUUUUUGGUGGCACAUUGGUGUUCCUGUUUUUUCUCUCACUUAGUAUACUGUACUGUAUGAUCUUUGCUGAGCUUGUUUCAUGGUAUGCUAUAGGUAGUUGGUUUCCUGCAGCCACAUCAAAGCACUGCAACAAGAUGCUACAAACCCAUGAACUUGCUAUGUUAAGAGUAUUUUUUCCUUGUGAAAUAGUAACACUUAAGAAAAGUGAUGAGGUUUGUAUGGGUCAGUAGAGUUUGCACUUGAUCAGACAUUAUCUUGCCACCAAAUGUGGUUCCUUCUUGCAUCCUCCCUGCUCCUGAUGUCUCUGCUCACUGUGCUUGAAGCUCGUUGUUCUCCUCCACAGGAGCCACAGGGACCUGUCCUUUAAUAUUUGAUUACUCACUGCAGCUGGGCCUUCCUCCUGCAGUGAUUUAGUUCAGGGACUGAAACUGGGAAAAGUUGAAGCCUUUAAAAAUACAUAGUUUUUUCCUGCUAGUUUGUUGUGCUCAUGGAGCCAGGUGUGAGCAUGGGGAGGGGAUGCUUUGAUGCUUCAUGAGGGAGUGGGGGACAAGGGGCAAUGCUGCCCUUUUGGGCUGCAGUGAGCCCUUAGGUUGGUUCCAGCACCUUGAAUUUUGUCCUGAUAGUGUCAGCCCCCUUUCUGUCUGGCUGUUACUUAAUGCUUUGCUAUCUUUAUUACUUUCUUAUCUUAUAGGUAACUACAAACUGAUCAUUUAACUUGAUCAAGAGUCUGUCAGAGGAUUGAAGUUACUGGUCUGUAACUUCUUAAGUCUUCUGCCACCUUUUUUUUUCUUUUUAUAAAGAGAUUGGCCAGCCCGGCUGAGACCUCUUAGCUAUGACAAAGCAAAAGCUUCUGCUUGACGGGACGCUCUCCUUGUUCCUGAUCGUGGCCUGUGAAGCUCAGCAGAUCCCGGCAGGUCAUGCUGCUGCAAGUUCUGGUCCUCUGUGUGAGAAGGAGACACCAUCCUUGGGGAACCUUUUCAGCGUCGAGCGCCUGGAUGCCUGGAUCUGUUCCCUCAUCGGUUCGUUCAUGGUGGGGCUGAGUGGGGUCUUCCCCUUGCUGGUGAUCCCGUUUGAGACAGGAGCUGCUCUGCGGUCAGAAGCUGGAUCACACCGUUUGAAGCAGUUGCUGAGUUUUGCAAUUGGUGGGCUAUUGGGGAAUGUGUUUCUGCACCUGCUUCCUGAAGCCUGGGCCUACACGUGCAGUACAACGACAGAAGAGCAGAGCUUUCAGCAGCAGAAACUACUGGGUCUCUGGGUGAUCAUUGGUUUCCUGACCUUCCUGGUGCUAGAGAAGAUCUUUCUAGAGGAAGAAGAGGAGUGCCCUGGUGUGGUCUGUGAUUCCAAAGCACCAACUGGAAAGAUUCCAAAUGGAAGUGGCUAUGCAGUGCCAAAGGUGGCAGGCCAGUCCCAAAGAGCAGGAACAGAUUUAGCUCAGUGUAAUGGCUCUUCUCGCUGGUCCUGUCCAACAGACAACAGAAUCAAGAUUAGCGGAUACCUCAAUCUGCUGGCCAACACCAUUGAUAACUUUACACACGGCCUGGCAGUAGCAGCCAGCUUCCUGGUUAGCAGAAAGGUUGGAUUCCUAACCACAAUGGCCAUUCUCCUGCAUGAAAUCCCACAUGAGGUUGGAGACUUUGCAAUCCUACUUCGGGCUGGCUUUGACCGCUGGAGUGCAGCCAAGAUGCAGCUUUCCACAGCUUUGGGAGGGAUUCUAGGAGCCUGUUUUGCAAUAUGUGCUCAGUCGCCAAAAGGAGCAGGGGAAACAGUAGCCUGGAUCCUCCCUUUCACUUCUGGAGGAUUUCUGUAUAUUGCCUUGGUAAAUGUUGUGCCUGAUCUCUUGGAGGAAAAGAAUCCUUGGAACUCCCUGCAGCAAAUCCUGCUCCUGUGUACCGGCAUUACAGUCAUGGUGCUACUCUCGUUCACAACUGAGUGACCUCUGCGAAGACCUCAUGAUGCCUCCCAGAGCCACCACAGUGACUCUGAGCUGUUACAAAGCAAUAAGGAACACUAAUGUUACUUCCUAUGUGUGUGUGUAUGCAGAUCUGGCUGCUAGUAUGAGAAGCAGGUGAGAAAGAGUUCUGGGUGUGUAGGACCUCAUUCUCUGGCUCUCCUAUCCCUGUUCUGCUAAAAUCCACACAUCAGGGCUUCCUUUUAUUUUCUCCUUUUUAUUAUUUUGAUGGAGCAAAAGAUGCAGUGAGCAGAAAUGAACUGAAAACUGCUCCACAGCAAAUGGACAAUGUUUCGUUUGGUUCAGUCUAAUGGAACAGCACCUCCCAAGCUCUUGUGUGAAAACAACAGAGGUCAUUCCUGUAGCUGAUGAAGAGGAAGGACUUUUCCUACCACUUUUAAGGGCUGGAGGCAGAAGAGAGAUGGCAAAGCAACAAUAAACCAACAGCUUUAGCCAGAACUCCCUCCCCAUGAGGAGUUCAUGGUGCUACAAGACAGAGGGGAAAGAACCCUUUUCCAACUUGAUCUUCAGCUUUUCAUUGAUAUCACUUGUUCCUAAAGGUAGUUUUAGCCUCAGCAGUCCACAUCUUUGGACUGUUUUGUAUUUGUAUAUGUUAAAAUCAAGCCAAAAGCUUGAGGCACUUUAGGAUAGGUCACUAUAAUUAAAUGGCUCAGCUUUGUGAUUACUUGCCUCAGCCCUAACCACUCCAAUACCAGCACAGCCUGUUUAUCUGAAAAAUGGUCAGUAAAUGUUUCUUCUGUUGCCAUGCUACCAGCUCCCCUGCAGCUGGAAGGAAGCUGUUGUGACUGAGCUCCCUCUUCUCAUAACCAUUAGCUGAACAUGGCUGAGCUUGCUGUCACCCACCAUCUGCCCCACACCAAGUUUCAGAGCUCUCUUGCAGUGUGGCAUGUUAGGCCUGCCUGGCAUGCUACAUGGCAGAGGUCUGGGCACUGGGGGCAAUAGCUGAACCCUACAGCCUGGUCAGCAGCCAAUAGCUUUUCUUCUGUUAAGUGUAGCCUAUUUAAGAGCAUGCUAUCACCAAAAAUGUAGAUGGUAGCCUGUUUCUGGGCUUCUUACCUCACAGUGGAGUUCGUAUGUUGGGAAUGAAUGGAUAAGAAAUAAUACUGACAGCCCUUAAAGGAAGGGGCACAGCAGUGAAGAAUGCUGAAGGGAGGUGAGCUGGGAAGGGUGAAACUGCUGGGGAAAAGAUUUUUAAAAUGGGUCUGGAAGAGCUUUGUGCUAAAAAAAUGGGUCUAGAAAAAGCUUUGUGCUAAGGAGGAGAGAAAGCGUUACAAUACGUGUGCUUUAAGAGGAGUUUUCUAUUGUAUGACACUUGGGAUAAAUUUUUGGGCAAUUUGAGACCAAUAAAAAUAAAUGACAUUUCUAGUGCUUUCCUGCAUUCCAGCUCACAGGGUUGACCAGGCCAUCAUUCCACAGGCUGUUUUGUUGCCACAGAGAUGUGCACAAUUAAUAGACCAUGCCUUCUGCAGAGCUUAUCUUUGCUUAAGUCUAUUUAAAAACAGGUCUAAUUGAACUAGCAGAGUCAUUGCACACAGAACAGGUGCCAAAAUGGGAAUUGCACCAACUCAGCUCUGUCCUUAAACAGCUCCUGUAAAUCAGCACAGCCCUCCAGUCUGCACAGAGCCUUAUCAAGGGGGAUCGUGCCUUGAGAGGGCGAUUUGGGUCAGAGCAGCAAGGCAGGUAUGCUGCCCACAGCAGAGGCAUUUACUUCCUGAAGCAAUUCCUGAACUGUUGACACAGUUCUUUUUUUAUGACAGCUCCUGUCCUAGUUUCCAGCGAGCGCUGGAGAGCUCAUGCUCGCAGUGCUCUGCCCAAGAGCUGCUGUCUAAAAUGCUUUCACCUUUCCUUACCCCGAGCUUAUACCAGUACCUUGUUUCACUGCAACAGUGAGGGAGGAUUAGUGUAAUUUUAUUACUCCUCUUUUAAAAGUUGCCUUCCUUUGCCAACUACUCCCUCCAGUCUGAAGGUAGCAUCCACUUCCUGCUUUCCUGGAAGGAUUAAUCUGGUUAGCCUGCAGGGACUGGGGGAAUAUGCUAACCCUAUAGUUUUAGCUUUGGGGGUGUCCCUCCAGCUGAGCUAAAUGGACCCUGUAGUAGGGUCUGGAGGAAGGAGGUUUGCAUGGAAAGACGUGGCUCUGUUUCCCAAGAUGAGGCUGGCAUUUAAGUUGAGGCAUCGCCAGGUGAGUGCCCAUGAGUUGGUGGUGUUGCAUCAGCACCCAGCCUUGCCAGGAUUGAAAACCACAGUCAGUGCUCAGCGUUCAGGAAUGUGAAGUGGAUGACACUGAAGAAAGGAUUUCCGAGUUGUUUUUCUUGGCUGCCACAACAGACCUGGACAGUCUGCGGUUCUUGGGAAGAUUCCUGCAUAGCACAGGGCUUGUGGGAGGGAGGGGCUCCUUAGUUUUCCACUACAUCAGCCUUAGGGCUGAGGAUAGGGAGCCUUGGGAGGAAAUGGAGCAUCACUCCACCACAUUUGUCACUUUUGGGAAUGCAGAGAGAAUCGUAUUUUCUAGCUCUAUUUUUUCAGCUGCUCUUAUGCAUUUUUCCCCCUUCAUCUGUAUUGGUCUGCUCUGCAUGGAGACAAUAGAGAUGAAAUAAAUGGUUUUCCAUGUGG